GAAGUUGUGCGGAUAGUGGUGUUUGUGAUGGCUUUCAUCAGCUGCAACGCCCUCCUGGAUCUGUCUGGCGUCCACCAGGUCAAGGGCACAUGGAUGAGAUCCACUACUUUACCGUGUACCUACACGCCCUCAGAAGGUUUCACACAGCAAACGCUCAUCUGGCGCGUGGAGCGAGACUAUAGCACCUCUACCAUCUUUCGGAGGGACGAUUCUGGUGACCACAUCUUGUUGUCUCAGUUCCGAGACCGGGUCAGCGUCCCAAAGGACAGCCCAGGGAAUGCCUCACUCCUAAUCGAGAACCUUGAAAUCCCCGACAACGGACUCUACACCUGUCAAGUCAUCUGGAGGUAUAAAAAUAACAGCUUGAUAACAAAGGAGGUGACCACUACAGUUAAAGUUGUCAAAGUUGCAGCGACCAAGCCCGUCAUCAGGGCCAGCGAGCCGGGGCUGACUUUCCCGGCAGGAGCCCGGACCAGCCUGACCUGUGUGGCCAGCGGGUCCCCCCCCAUCAGCUACCGCUGGUUCAGGGGCACCCCGGGAGGGAAAGCCCUGCUCCUGAGCAGCCAGGCCGAGCUGGCGUGGGACAGCCUGCGGCCCUCCGACACCGGGAAGUACUACUGUGAGGCCGAAAACAGGGUUGGGGCCGGGGCUGUGCAGCAGAGCGACGCCGUUGAGCUGACGGUGAGAGGGUCCCCAGUCACACAGCAGCCCAGCCCUGGGACCGGCAGGCACACCAGACCCCCGCUCAUCCCCCGAGGUGACGCGCCCCAGCGAGUGCCCACAGAUCUGCCCGCAGCAACGCUGGCCUCCGGGAGGGAUGCCGUUUCGGAAGGGCCUCCCAUUGCCACAGGUCCCCCCCCGGCCGCGCCGCCCCCCCACCUCUACGCGCUGCCGGCCGCGCUGGGCUGCGCCGCGCUCGGCGCGCUCCUGGCCGCGCUGCUGCGCCGGCGGCGGAACAAGGCGGAACCUAUCUAUGAAGUUGCUUUCCAUAGCACUGCAGAUAUCAUGAGAUUGGAGACUGAUGUGGAAGACCCUGCUAAGUGCCUACACAAGGAGACAAAUUCUAAGACUGAAACACCCAGUGACACCUUCACCAUGAACAACAGCCGUGACAGCACAUGCAUCAGGAAAAAUCCGGACUAUGAGAACCUUGUGAAUGCAAUGGAAUCAGAAUAUGAAAUAGAAAGAAUUUAG